AUGGCUUCACUGAGGAGAGUCAAAGUGUUGUUGGUGUUGAACUUGAUAGCGGUGGCCGGCUUUGUGAUCUUCUUGGCUAAGUGCCGGCCUAUCGCGGUGCGCAGCGGAGACGCCUUCCACGAGAUCCGGCCUCGCGCAGAGGUGGCUAACCUCAGUGCGCACAGCGCCAGCCCCAUCCAGGAUGCGGUCCUGAAGCGCCUGUCGCUGCUGGAGGACAUCGUCUACCGGCAGCUUAAUGGGUUAUCCAAAUCACUGGGACUCAUCGAAGGGUAUGGUGGGCGGGGCAAAGGAGGCCUUCCUGCCACCCUUUCCCCCUCGGAAGAAGAAAAAGCCAAAGGACCUCAUGAGAAGUACGGCUACAAUUCCUACCUCAGCGAAAAGAUCUCCUUGGAUCGGUCUAUUCCAGAUUAUCGUCCAACUAAGUGCAAGGAGCUCAAAUACUCCAAGGAGUUGCCCCAGAUAUCCAUCAUCUUCAUCUUCGUGAACGAGGCCCUGUCUGUGAUCCUGCGGUCAGUCCACAGUGCUGUCAAUCACACACCCACACACCUGCUGAAGGAGAUCAUCCUGGUGGAUGACAACAGCGACGAAGAGGAGCUGAAGGCCCCCUUGGAAGAGUAUGUCCACAAACGCUACCCUGGGCUGGUGAAGGUGGUACGCAAUCAAAAGAGAGAAGGCCUGAUCCGAGCACGUAUCGAGGGCUGGAAGGUGGCCACUGGACAGGUCACUGGCUUUUUCGAUGCCCAUGUGGAAUUCACUGCUGGCUGGGCCGAGCCUGUCCUGUCCCGCAUCCAAGAAAACCGGAAGCGGGUCAUCCUCCCCUCCAUCGACAACAUCAAGCAGGACAACUUCGAAGUGCAGCGCUACGAGAACUCUGCCCACGGGUACAGCUGGGAGCUGUGGUGCAUGUACAUCAGCCCCCCGAAAGACUGGUGGGACGCCGGCGACCCCUCUCUCCCAAUCAGGACGCCAGCCAUGAUUGGCUGCUCAUUCGUGGUCAACAGGAAAUUCUUUGGUGAAAUUGGUCUGCUGGACCCUGGAAUGGAUGUGUAUGGAGGAGAGAAUAUUGAACUUGGAAUCAAGGUGUGGCUCUGUGGUGGCAGCAUGGAGGUCCUUCCGUGCUCACGGGUGGCUCACAUCGAGCGGAAGAAGAAACCCUAUAACAGCAACAUCGGCUUCUACACCAAGAGGAACGCACUCCGGGUAGCCGAGGUCUGGAUGGACGAUUACAAGUCUCAUGUGUACAUAGCGUGGAAUCUGCCUCUGGAGAAUCCGGGGAUCGACAUAGGUGACGUCUCAGAAAGAAAAGCAUUAAGGAAGAGUUUGAAGUGUAAGAAUUUCCAGUGGUACUUGGACCACGUCUACCCGGAAAUGAGAAGAUACAAUAAUACUAUUGCUUAUGGGGAGCUUCGUAACAAUAAGGCCAAGGAUGUCUGCCUGGAUCAGGGGCCACUGGAGAACCACACAGCAAUCCUGUACCCAUGCCACGGCUGGGGACCACAGCUCGCCCGCUACACCAAGGAAGGCUUCCUGCACUUGGGUGCUUUGGGGACCACCACGCUCCUCCCUGACACCCGCUGCCUGGUGGACAACUCCAAGAGCCGGUUGCCGCAGCUCCUGGACUGUGACAAGGUCAAGAGCAGCUUGUACAAGCGGUGGAACUUCAUUCAGAAUGGAGCCAUAAUGAAUAAGGGCACCGGGCGCUGCCUGGAGGUGGAGAACCGGGGCUUGGCCGGCAUUGACCUCAUCCUCCGAAGCUGUACGGGACAGAGGUGGACAAUCAAGAACUCCAUCAAGUAGAUGGAAGGGACGAGGGCACAUGGAGCCCAGAGCCAGGACAGGGCCUGGCAAU